AGAAGGUAUGGCAGAAGCUGUCAGCUCGAGCAGGGACUGCCUUCAAGCAGGAGAGUCCUGCACCAAUGACCCCAUCUGCAGCGCCAAAUUCAGGACCCUCCGGCAAUGCAUCGCAGGCAAUGGAGCCAACAAGCUGGGCCCUGAUGCCAAGAACCAGUGCCGGAGCACCGUGACAGCCCUGCUCUCCAGCCAGCUAUAUGGCUGCAAGUGUAAGCGAGGCAUGAAAAAGGAGAAGCACUGCUUGAGUGUCUACUGGAGCAUCCACCACACGUUGAUGGAAGGCAUGAAUGUACUGGAGAGUUCCCCUUAUGAGCCGUUCAUCAGAGGCUUUGAUUACGUCCGGCUGGCAUCCAUCACCGCAGGGUCUGAGAACGAGGUGACCCAGGUGAACCGGUGUCUGGAUGCCGCCAAAGCCUGCAACAUGGACGAGAUGUGCCAGCGGCUGCGGACAGAGUACGUCUCCUUCUGCAUCCGGCGCCUGGCCCGGGCUGACACCUGCAACCGCUCCAAGUGCCACAAGGCUCUGCGCAAGUUCUUCGACCGUGUGCCGCCCGAGUACACCCACGAGCUUCUCUUCUGCCCCUGCGAUGACCCAGCCUGUGCCGAACGCCGGCGGCAGACCAUCGUUCCUGCCUGCUCCUACGAGUCCAAGGAGAAGCCCAACUGCCUGGCGCCUCUGGACUCCUGCCGGGAAAACUACGUCUGCAGGUCACGCUACGCGGAGUUCCAGUUCAACUGCCAGCCGUCCCCGCAGGCUGCGAGCGGCUGCCGGGGGGGGAGCUACGCGGCCUGUCUGCUGGCGUACACAGGGAUCAUAGGCAGCCCCAUCACACCCAACUACAUUGACAACUCAACUUCCAGCAUAGCUCCCUGGUGCACGUGCAACGCCAGCGGCAACCGGCAGGACGAGUGUGAGAGCUUUCUGCAUCUCUUCACCGACAACAUCUGUCUCCAAAAUGCCAUUCUGGCCUUUGGCAAUGGGACCUACCUGAAUGCAGCCGUGGCCCCAUCCAUCCCCCCCACCACACAGAUGUACAAGCAGGAGCGAAAUGCCAACAGAGCCGUGGCAACCCUCAGAGAGAACAGCUUCGAGCACCUCCAGCCCACCAAGGUGGCUGGAGAGGAGAGGCUCCUGCGGGGCUCCACUCGUCUGUCAUCAGGGACCUCCAGCCCAGCAGCUCUCUCCCACUGGGCAGCCUCUCCACUGCAGAUGUGGCUCCUCCACGCUCUGGCUGUGCUGAGCCUCUUCGUGAUGUGA